CGUAUUUCUGGAUAUUUUUCUUGACUUCGAAGGAGGUGAAGCAGAACCUUUCUCCUGUACGCGCGCGACAGCGGACACGACGGAGAGGCGCACGCGGGCGCCCGCGAGGGCUUCUGGGAGCUGUCAGUUCUCCCGUCGGCGCUUUGUGUGUGGAGCGACCGGGCUCGUCGCCGCAGUCGGGGGUCCGCGCGCUUCUGGCGCUUUUUUUUUCCGGCAGGACAGCGGGCGGGAAACGCGUGGGGCGACGAGCUCCGUCGGAACACGUCGUCCUCGUCGUCGUGGUUCGUCGUGUUGUUUGCUGUUCGUCGCUUUCCUCCUCCUCCUCAGCGGGGCCCGUCGUUUCCUGGAGCGACAGCGCUGACAGGACCCCCACACGCACCGGGCUCUCCGGUGUCCCUAACAGGACUGAGCGAAACCCGUUCGCUUCAGAACUUACUGUGGUCCAUGGUGCAGUGGCAACGGUGGCAUGUGAGCUGACACUGAGCUGUAGUGGUACCACACAGGAGGAUGAAUGCAGAGGAGCUGGAGCUGCUCAGUGACUCAAAGUACCGCAACUAUGUAGCUGCUGUAGACAAGGCCCUGAAGAAUUUUGAGUACUCCAGUGAAUGGGCAGAUCUUAUCUCAGCACUGGGCAAACUGAACAAGGUGUUGCAAAACAAUGCCAAGUACCAGGUUGUGCCCAAAAAGCUUACAAUUGGAAAGCGUUUGGCCCAGUGCCUUCACCCUGCCCUUCCCAGUGGCGUCCACCGCAAGGCCCUCGAGACCUAUGAGAUCAUCUUCAAGAUAAUUGGACCCAAGCGACUUGCCAAGGAUCUUUUCUUGUACAGCUCCGGCCUCUUUCCCCUGCUCUCCAAUGCUGCUAUGUCCGUCAAGCCUGCUCUGCUUAGCCUGUACGAAACCUACUACCUGCCUCUGGGGAAGACGCUGAAGCCUGGUCUGCAAGGGUUGCUCACUGGGGUCCUCCCUGGUCUAGAAGAGGGCUCCGAGUACUAUGACAGAACCAACACACUGUUGGAGAAAGUGGCAGCAGCUGUGGAGCAGUGUGCCUUCUACAGUGCCCUGUGGGGCAGCAUUCUGACCAGCCCAGCGGUGCGACUCCCUGGCAUUACCUUUGUCUUGCUCCACCUCAAUCGCAAGCUUUCCAUGGAGGAUCAGCUUUAUGUCAUGGGAAAUGACAUCGAACUCAUGGUGGAAGCUGUUAGCACGUCAGUGCAGGACUCCAGUGUUUUGGUCCAGAGGAGUACCCUGGACCUCAUUCUCUUCUGUUUCCCAUUCCAUAUGAGUCAGGCAACUCGUCCAGACAUGAUCCGGAUUCUGUCGGCAGCGUUGCAUGUGGUUCUUCGAAGAGACAUGUCACUGAACCGCAGACUGUAUGCCUGGGUGCUCGGUUUUGAUAACAAUGGGGUGAUAACAGGACCUCGCAACACCCGGCUCAGCAGUCCCGAGGAGCAUGCUACAGACUACUUUAACACUUUCUCUAAGGACAUGCUAGUGCAGGCAAUGGUGGGAAUCCUGCAAGGGAAGGCCCGAGGUGGGGAGGAGGAGAGUGUCCUGAUGCAUGACUUGAAACCCUUUCGGAUCCUCAUCAGCCUACUGGACAAGCCAGAGCUGGGUCCUGCCAUUUUAGAAGAUGUUUUGAUUGAGGUAUUCCGGACCCUACACACACAGUGUCGAACUGAGCUAGACCUACAAAACCAGAGUGCAUUCAGCAAGGACCACACACAGCUUAGCAGCAAACUACGCGAGAACAAGAAGACAGCUGAGUUGAUAAAAACGGCCAAUCUCCUCUUCAACUCAUUUGAGCCGUACUACAUGUGGGACUAUAUGGCACGCUGGUUUGAGGACUGCUGCAGGCGAACACACAGAUCCCAGACUGGGCAUGCUGGGAGCUCAGAGGUUUCAGAUCCUUCACUGCUGGAGUUCUGUCAGCUGGUGGAUUUCCUGUUGGACAUUGUGUCUCUGCCAACUAGAAGCAUGCGCGUGAUCUGCCAGGAGACAUACAUUGAGAUCCAGACAGAGCACCUCCCCCAGCUGCUGCUGCGCAUGGUGUCAGCUCUCACAUCUAACCUGGAGGCACUUGACCUGGGCGAGCUCACCCACUGCCUGCGCCUCUGCUCCAAAAUCCUCAGCAAGGUGCAGCCCCCUCUGGUGUCCCCGCUAGCCACCACCCCGGGACCCUCGACCUCAACUGGUCAUAAGGAAGAGAAGCGGGCCUUGCCAGCAUCUGCUGAGUUCCCUGUAGUCAAGGCAUCGGAGGAGGAGAGCGCCUCCAGCAGCCGGUCCUCGGAGACGGGCUUCACAGAAUUUAUCCAGUACCAGGCAGAGCAGUCGGAGUCUCCUGGCUCGGAGACAGCAGGUUCCCCCAGGGUAGUCCCCAGCAGGCUGUGCCAUCCUGGACCUGGCCCGGUUCAGAGCAAGCCCCAGGACAAGCCAGUAAUGCAGGGCUGUCUGGAGGUCUUCCAGCACUUCCUCACUCGCCUUGUGAAGCUGUACGUGAUACCCAGCCUGAGGACUGAGCGGUCAGGCAAGGUGGACAAUGACCAGGAAGGGACGCAGCCAAGUGGGCAGCCUAGCACCUGCGGAGCUCAGCAUACACUCGCUGCUUUCACAGCUACUUGCCAGCUCUUCCUGGAGUGCUCCAGCUUUCCUGUGUACAUUGCCGAGGGCAACGUGAAGUCAUCGCCCACCAGGGAGGAACAAGCAAGCAGUGACCACGUGCAGCCAGCUGUCUGGCUGCAAACCCUAAUGGAUGCCUGCUGCUUGGCCGGAGACUUUAGCAUUCAGGCCGUGGCUGUUUCCCUACUCAUGGACUUGGUGGGCCUUACACAGUCUGUUGCCAUGGUGACUGCGGAGAGCGUGGGCAGCCCAGACUCAGCCCAGCCCAUGAGCCCCAGCCAAGGCCGAGUGGCUGUGGUGAUCAGACCGCCGCUUACCCAGGGCAUCUUGAAGUUCAUUGCAGAGAAGACGGACUUCUUCAAGCAAGUGGCCCUGAUCCUGUGGGAGCAGCUGGGAGAGGGCACCCCCCAGCACCAUCAGCGGAGCGUAGAGCUUUUCUAUCAGCUGCAUAACCUUGUACCUUCCUCCAGCACCUGUGAAGAUGUCAUCAGUCAGCAGCUCACACACAGGGAUAAGAAAGUCCGCCUAGAAGCCCAUGUGAAGUUCUCAGUACUUUGGCACCUGACAAGAGACCUGAACAUGACCAAAUCUUCCCCUUUCAACCGCACCUUCGACAGAUCACUUUUCAUCAUGUUGGACAGUCUCAGUUACUGGGACGGAUCCACAAGCGCUGUGGGCCGGGCCUGGCUGAAUCAGGUUCUCCAAAGACACGACAUUGCUCGAGUUCUGGAACCGCUGCUGUUGCUCCUGCUGCAUCCCAAGACUCAUCGGGUGUCCAUCCAGCGUGUACAGGCCCAACUUCACUGGACCCGUGCUUUUCCAGAACUUCAUGAACCUAACUCAUCUGAAGCUGGGUACAUGAAGGAUGUGUCCACUGACGCUUUCAGCCAGCUGCCAGCAGAGGGCUUGGGGGCAGGGACAGGACCAGGGCAUGACGGAGACCUUCCACUCGAUGACAUGGAGCCUUUCAGCGUGACAGUGAACCCACUUAGCGACAGUCUGUCCCUCCUCAGUCUUAGCAGUGAGAACCUGCAGCUCAACUCAGACUUCCACUUGCCUGACCGUCAGGGGGAGCCGCAGAGCUCUGAGUCGGCUGCUUCCCAUUCCUCCACCGAUAACGGUAGUUUUGAAGAUCCGGAUACUCCUGGUCCCACAGAUGCACUUGGUUGUGACCGGGACCUGUCUGUCCACAAGAUGGCUAUGCACCUUGAGGAGCCUGUGGAGGAGGUAGUGGCAGCAGUACUGGCUGAAGUCUUGGACAGAGUAGUCAAGAUGGCCGAGGAAAGUGGGAUCAGCCCAGUGGUGGCAGUGGCUUGGCCACAGGCUGACUCUGACAGCUCCAACUCCUCAGAGUCGUCUUCCACCAUACCCUGCGAUCAGGACCCCCCGCACUCCGUCAGUGUGCCGACCCACGAAGUAGAAGCGAGCGGAACGCCUGAGUUCCUCUCCGUCACCUCUGACACAGGAGAUGAGGAGCCAAGCGAGAGCAUCACUCGCCACAGUUCAUCCCCUUCAAUUGUCACUCUGCCUGACACUGCAGUUGAUCCAGGUAUGCCGCCAGGCCCUCUGGUACGUCGGCGAAGCCACAGCAGCACCCAGAUCAGUCUAAAGGGCAAGAUCAUGGAGCGGCUAGCAGAACGCUCGCCAGGGGCCAAGCCCAAAGUCAAGAAGAGCAAGAAGAAGGAGGAGCGGCAGAGACAGACACCCGUGGAGCGAAGCAAGCAGUCGGGCAUUUUCUUUGGGGACAGUCUGGACCUGGAGAACUGGUACAGUUGCGGUGAGGGUGAGGUGUCCGAGAUCGAGAGCGACGCGGGGUCACCUGGUGAGAGGUGUGCAGCAUCGCCCCCGCGUGUCAACGUGCACCCGCUGUACCAACACGUGCUGCUCUACUUGCAGCUGUACGACUCAUCACGCACUCUGCACGCGCUCUCCUGCAUAGCGGCCAUGUUGCAGGCUACACCCACCUCCUUCGUCGGUGCCAUCUCCACCACGAGCAUUAACAACACAUACACACCCCAGCUGUCACUGCUGCAGAACCUGCUGGCACGGCACCGCAUCUCCGUCAUGGGCAAGGACUUCUACUGCCCCAUUCCCCAGGACUCGCACUCGCACUCCUUCCGCAGCGCCAUGUUCAUCGAGAUCAUUAUUUCACUCUGCCUGUACUUCUUGCGCAGCUACUACUGCGUGCAUGUUGUGGCCACGCCCCAGGAUCUGGCUGGCAAUCGCAGCAUGCAGCUCACCAGCAUCGAGGUGCUGACCGUGCUCUUCAGUGAGCUCUCCAAAGUGACCGAAGCAUCGGCCAAGGGCUUCGCCAGCUUCAUCUGUGAUGUGCUGUCCAAGUGCAAGGUGCAGAAGGUGGUGCUGCACUGCCUACUUUCGUCCAUCUUUAGCGCCCAGAAGUGGCACCAGCAGCGGGUGGGCAGGGCCAACGUGUCCGCCGUGGAGGAGGGUCUUUCCGAGGACAGCGUCAUUAACCUGUCCGAGGACCACAUGGAUAACUGCAGUGGGUUGCAGUCGCAGCUGCUGCGCCUUCUGCAGAGUCUUGUGGUGCUGGAGCACCGCGUCCUGGUCCCUGCUGAGGAGGGGGGUGAUGCGCCGAUUGGGUCUGGCCCGGGAGCAGGGUUUGAGCUCCUCGGGGAGGUGGACCACGUGAAUCCACAGCAGCCCAUGACAUCCCUUCAGUACCUGCAUGGGCAGCCAAUCACAGCACAGGGCAUGUUUCUGUGCGCGGUCAUCCGAGCACUGCACCAGCACUACACAUGCAAGAUGCACCCACAGUGGAUCAGCCUCAUCACGGCCACGCUGCCCUACAUGGGCCGGGUGCUGCGACGUGUUGUGGCCUCCGUAACCCUGCAGCUCUGCAGAAACCUGGACAACCUGGUCCAGCAGUAUCGCUACGAGACAGGCCUCUCCAACACCAGGCCGCAGUGGAUGGCACUGUGCAUCCCUCCUGACCUGAUCCUGACAAUGCUGGAGGGAGUGACCACCAUCAUCCACUACUGUCUCCUGGACCCCUCAUCCCAAUACCACCAGCUGCAGGUGGGUGUCGAUCAGAAGCACUUGGCUGAGGCCCGCUCAGGCAUCCUUUCCAUCCUGCACACCAUCAUGUCCUCCGUGACACUGUUGUGGAGCGUGCUAUACCUCGUGGACAGCUCAGAGCGGCCGGCUGCAGCCUCUGCCUCCUCCUCGUCCAACAUUAACCUGGGCUCCACUAAGAAUCUUCGUCAGCAGAUCCUCGAGCUCCUGGGCCCCAUUUCCAUGAACCACGGGCCACACUUCAUGGCAGCCAUAGCCUACGUCUGGAACGAGAGAAAAGCUGGAAAAAACCCUGUCCGAAACAAGGUGAUCCCCACCCCCAGCGAGGAGCAGCUUCUACUGGUGGAGCUGGUUAGGUCGGUGAGCGCCAUGCGCACUGAGACGGUCAUGCAGACUGUCAAGGAGGUUCUUAAACAGCCACCAGCUAUUGCCAAAGAGAAGAAGCAUCUGUCACUGGAGGUCUGUAUGCUGCAGUUUUUCUACGCCUAUGUGCAGAGGAUCCCCGUGUCCAGCCUGGUAGAUAGCUGGCCCUCACUUUUGGCCCUCCUGAAGGAGUCCAUCCAACUGGGACUGCCGUCCCCAGGACAGUUCCUCAUCCUGGGAGUUUUGAAUGAGUUCAUCUUGAAGAACCCAAACCUGGAGAACAAGAAGGACCAGCGUGAGCUUCAGGACGUAACCCACAAAAUUGUCGAGGCUGUGGGUACCAUCGCCGGCUCCUCUCUUGAGCAGACCACUUGGCUGCGGAGGAACCUGGAGGUGAAGGCCUCCCCUCAGAUUGUGGUUGACGGUGCCAGCCUGGAGGCUGACGUGGAGGAUCUGAUGUUGACUGUAAUGGAUGCCUCCAGCUUCACUCCAUCUGUGUACAGUGUCCAUGCUCUCACUCUGCUAGCUGAGGUUCUGGCCCAUCUUCUAGAUAUGGUUUUCUAUAGUGAUGAAAAGGAGCGAGUGAUCCCUCUGCUGGUCAACAUCAUGCACUACGUUGUGCCCUACCUUCGCAACCACAGUGCCCACAACGCCCCCAGCUACAGAGCCUGCAUCCAGCUGCUGAGCAGCCUCAGUGGGUACCAGUACACGCGGCGUGCGUGGAAGAAAGAGGCGUUUGACCUCUUCAUGGACCACACCUUCUUUCAGAUGGACUCGUCCUGCAUAAGCCACUGGAGGGCCAUCAUUGACCACCUGAUGACUCAUGACAAAACCACAUUUCGAGACCUCAUGACACGUGUUGCUGUGGCCCAGAGCAGCUCUCUGAACCUGUUCUCGAACCGCGAUGCGGAGCUGGAGCAGAGAGCUAUGCUGCUCAAACGCCUGGCCUUCACAAUCUACAGCAGUGAAGUGGACCAGUACCAGAAGUACCUGCCUGACAUUCAGGAGCGUUUGGUGGAGAGCCUUCGUCUGCCCCAGGUGCCCAUACUUCACGCCCAGGUGUUCCUCUUUUUUCGAGUACUGCUCCUACGCAUGUCACCUCAGCACCUGACCUCCCUGUGGCCCACCAUGAUCACCGAGCUGGUGCAAGUGUUCCUACUAAUGGAGCAGGAGCUCACAGCAGAUGAAGAUAUCUCCAGGACUUCCGCUCCAUCGGUAGCUGGGCUGGAGACCACCUACUCUGGAGGGAAUGGAUUCUCCACUUCCUACAACAGCCAGCGGUGGCUCAACCUCUACCUGUCUGCCUGCAAGUUGCUAGACCUGGCUCUGGCACUGCCGCCAGAGAGCCUGCCCCAGUUCCAAAUGUAUCGCUGGGCAUUCAUUCCUGAGGCCUCUGACGACUCUGGCUUAGAGGGGAGGAGGCAGGGGACCCACCAAAGGGAAUUCAAGCCCUACGUUGUACGACUGGCCAAACUGCUGAGAAAACGGGUCAAGAAGAACCCAGAGGACGACUGUUCUGGUCGGACCUUAACGUGGGAGCCAGGUCACCUCCUCCUGACACUCUACGUAAUCCGCAGCAUGGAGCAGCUACUGCCUUUCUUCAACAUGCUCAGCCAGGUGUUCAGCAGCAAGGUGAGCAGCCGUUCAGGCCCCGUCCACAGCCCUGCCUUCAGCCCCGCCUUCCAGGUCAAAGAUGGCAAACUGGAGAGCCAGAAAGCGUUCUGGAGCCGAGCCCGUCAGAACAUAGAGGAGAUGGUGGAAAAGGACUUCCUGGAAGGCCUCAUUAAGACAUGA